UGAGUAGAAAAGUCUAUAAAUAGCCUAGAAUAUACAAGUCUUACUCACUGCAAUUUCCCAGCAUUUCAAAUAUUCCUCUCUUUCACUCUCUCUGCCUACUGAAUUAUACUCCUAACCAAAGUUUAAUUCCCAUCAAACAAACAAAAUGAAGCAAAAGGUUGUUAUCAGAUUAUCUUUCAAUGGAAAUGAUCAGAAAUAUCGGACCAAGGCCUUGAAGAUUGCUGUUUCUCAAUCAGGUGUGGAAUCAGCAGCUAUAACAGGGGAUGGAAAGAACCAGCUAGAAGUUGUGGGAGAAGUAGACGCCGCGACUCUAACGAGCUUGUUAAGGAAGAAUUUGGGUCAGGCGGACCUUGUGAGCGUUGGCCCAGCUGGUGGCGAUAAAAAGCCCCCAGCUGCAGCUGCAACUCCAGCUCCAGCUACAGCUACAGUGAUUCAGUCGCAACCCGGCUCGUACUAUUAUACCUAUCCGUCUUAUCAAUACCCUGUUUACCAAACAGAUUCGUAUGGUCAAUCCAACUGUUCAAUUAUGUGAAAUGACAAUUUUGGAUUGCCUACUGAAAACAGUGUAUAAUAUUGGAAGAUAAUAACUAUAUUUACAUUUACAGUCAAAUAUUUAUUGAUACAUUAAUAAAUAUAUAGAGUUUGACAAAAGGGAACACUAUAUUGAGAGGAAAAUAUCAGCAUGUAUUAGUUCCAUCCUUUUCCAUUCAUAUAUUUAAUAUAUAUAUUGUCAAUUAAA